AUGAUAAACGCAGACACAGUGAUCGUUAAUAACGUUGCAGAUUUCGGUGCCAAGGCAGAUGGAAAGACAGACUCGAGUACAGCAUUUCUAAAAGCCUGGGCCGCUUCUUGUAGCUCAUCGAAAGCAUCAACUAUCUAUGUACCUAAGAAAAAGUAUCUUAUCGGUCCAACCAUCUUCUUAGGACCGUGUAAAAGUUCUAAAAUCACUUUUCGAAUUGAUGGGAUCCUCAUUGCUCCCGACUUUAAGCAGAUGAAGUCUUCUGUUGAGAAUUGGCUAAAGUUUGAUCGUGUCAAGGGGGUGUCAAUCAUUGGAGGAGUUCUUGAUGGACGAGGCUCAAGCUUAUAUUCUUGCAAGCUAGCCAAAAAGGCAUGCCCACGAGGACCAACGUCGCUUGGCAUCUUUAGUUCGGAUGAUGUAACCGUUCAAAAUUUGAGCUCGCUUAAUCCCAAAAUGUUCCAUAUUGUUGUCCUAGCAUCCAAAAACAUAUUCUUAGAUGGUGUUAAGAUACGUGCUCCAGAGGAUAGCCUCAAUACAGAUGGUAUACAUGUUGGUAAGUCAACCAACGUUCGUGUCUUGAACACCGGUAUAAAGACAGGAGAUGAUUGUAUCUCAGUUGGACCUGGAACAGAGAACCUGUGGAUUGAACGGGUUACAUGUGGUCCUGGACAUGGUAUAAGCAUUGGGAGUUUAGGGAUGGGAUUGGAAGAAGAAGGUGUGCAAAAUGUGACAGUGAAAGAUGUGGAAUUCACUGGAACACAAAAUGGAGUAAGAAUAAAAUCUUGGGGAAGACCUAGUAAAGGAUUUGUUAAAGGAGUAGUGUUUAAACAUGCUGUAAUGAAUAAUGUUCAUAACCCGAUAGUUAUCGAUCAAAAUUACUGUCCACAACAUGAAGGAUGCCCUGGUCAGCAUUCGGGCGUUCAAAUUAGGGAUGUUACAUUUGGGAACAUCAAAGGAACAUCAGCAAGUCAAGUCGCAAUGAAGUUCGAUUGCAGUGACAUCAAUCCUUGUAAAGGAAUCCAUGUCGAGAAUAUCAAACUAGUGUACCGUCUACCACAAAAGCAAGGAGAACAGCAAAAACCAAAGCCAACAGAAUCAUAUUGUCGAAAUGUCAAGGGAAUCACCCUUGGUUCAGUCUUCCCAUUGUUAACUUGUUGA